AUGGUAUCAGAGCUCACCUUCAAUUUCAAUGGCGAACAACACAGCGUCAACAGAAACUACAUCACACCAAUCAGCCAUAGCCAUGGUACCAGCUUCACCUCUUCGCUAAUCUCUAUGAAGCUCGAUGACGAUAACUUCUUGCAAUGGAAAGAUCAAGCGGAGUCCACAAUCGAAGGUCACAAUCUGCUUCAUCACAUCACGGGAGAACAAAUUCCUCAACGGCUUGAUGGAUCUGGAUGCAUAACACCAGAAUUUGCGAUAUGGAAAAGACAAGAUGUGUUGUUGAAGUCUUGGCUCCUCGCUUCCAUGACCAAGCCCUUCACAACUUGGACGGUAGGCUGUGUUUACUCUCACGAGGUCUGGAAAAAGUUAGAUGACCAUUUCUCUUCACAAAUUAGAGCAAGAAUUAUUCAAUUAAAGAACAAAUUGAGUACGAUCAAGAUAGGAAAUUCUGUUAGUGAGUAUGUGUUAGGGACAAUUGAUGCCCUAGCCUCUGUGGUCGCAAGACCAGUGAGCAUCACUGUUGGAGAGCUAGAAUCAUUGUUGUUGACUCAUGAAAGCAUGCUUGAAAGGUUUAGAAAGUCAGAUUCCUUUAUACAAGCCAAUGUAGCACAGAGCACACAAGGAUACUCACAGAACUUUAACAACAGAGGUGGAUUUCGAGGUGGCACUCGUGGUGGUGGUAGGAACAUGAGAGGCGGCAGAAGCGUCUAUAAUGAAAGUGGACAGCAAUUUGGUCCAAACAGUUACAAUUCAAGAACUCAAGGGGGAAACAAUUCAAGAUAUGAUGCUAGACCAGUUUGCCAAGUAUGUGAUAAACCUAGACACACUGCCAAGACAUGUUGGCAUAGGUAUGAGAGGAAUGAUGAUUCAAGAACACAGUACAAUAGGUCAAGUGCACAGCCACUGCAAGAAAUUCAAGCUAACUUAAGCAACGUUUUGACUACACCAGCAACCAUACAAGACCAAAACUGGUAUCCAGAUUCGGGUGCCUCACACCACCUGACAUCAGACCAGCAAAACCUGGGUGAGAAAAGCAACUAUGAAGGCACAGAUCAAGUCAUAGUUGGGAACGGAUCAGGUUUGCACAUUAACCUUGUUGGAAACUCUUAUUUUAAAACUGAUUUAAGUAACAAAAAUUUCCUGCUGCACAAACUACUUCAUGUCCCUGAUAUUACAAAGAAUUUAGUAAGUGUGUACAAAUUCUGUUGUGACAAUGAUGUUUACUUUGAAUUUUAA